CUGGAACUACAGAACCUGCACCAGGCUCUGCAGACACAGCAACAAGAGUUGGUGACUCUCCGCCGCAUGGUGCAUGAUCACGACAGUGCUACACGGGCACUCAACGGCCGUGUCACAGACCUGGAGCAACCUGCACCAGAUCCAGACGCAGUCGCGACCAGYAGUGCACCAUCAAACCACCAGCUGGAACAACGCAUGGACCACGUGGUGGCAAUGCUGGGUGACCUUACCACCUUCACAGCACCAGCCACCAUCAGCCAGCGGUUCGAGGAGCUGGAUGCCAAGCUCGGGCAGCAACAGCAGCCAUCCGAGCACARCAGCAGCUCGCCGAAGCCGUACAAGAUGCCAAAGUUCCAGAUUGAGAGAUUCGAUGACUACAUGCAUCAGAAUCCGGUAGUCUGGUGGCAAGGAUUCUCGACGGAGUUGGGGAUUCAUCAGAUCCCCAAUGACAUGUACAUCAGCGCUCUGUUCCUCAAUGUGAAAGGAGCAUGCCAGAUCUGGUUGAGYCACAUGGCCACAAUGCACAGCGUCGACGUGGCAAAGCUGUACAAGAAGAUCACCUGGGAAGAAAUGACAAAGGAAUGGAAGAAGCGGUUCAUCGUUGACGACGCGCCUGCACAGGCCGCAUCUUCACAAUGGCACAGGGCAACAGUCUGACACGGGACUGGCUCACGGAAUGGCAGAAGAUCGUGGCGACGCCCGAUCUGGAUCUACCAUUCACGCAUCUGCGGCGUGAGUUCUUCAAYAGAUCCUGUGCGGCCCUYAGCCUURCACUUGGUGAGCGCGAACAGUACACAAGCUUUGCUGAGAUCAUCAACAAGGCUCGCGAGAUCAUCAAGACCAACAGGCCAGCUGCUCACGAGAAAUCGACAUGGCAGCCGACCUAUGUGGAGAAGGUACGAACUCGUCCGCGACAGCAGCACUUUGCUGCAGUCCAGCAGGACAGUGGAGAUAACCCAGCAGCCACUUCAGCAUCAAGUGACGGAGAUCAGGUGGCCGCUGUCCAGCCGCGAAGCACCAACAAG